CAACACAACACCUUCGUUUCUCUUUUUCAUUAAUUUCUUAUCUCUUUCCCUUUAUCUUCUGCCACAAUAACAACGAAUAAUAUCACUUUUGAUUUCUCUUCCAAUUUCAAUUUCAAUUUCUCGUCUCUCUCCGCCAUGGCCAAUCUCCUCCUUCGUUUUCCGAUCGCCGUCGCGAUCGUUCUCCUCGCUCUCUUCGCCACCGCGACGGCGCGUCCCUGCAGGACCUUCAUAAUCUCCUCCUACUCCUUCCGCAACCCUUCCUCCAACACCUUCGCCACCAUCACCGAGAUCCGAUCCCUCACCCCUCUCUACUACAUCAACGACAAACCCUACGAUCUCUUCUUCCACCCAAUCCCUCGCCAAAACCUAGCUCAAAUCGAUGACGACCAAGGCGCGUCGCAUCCACGCGCUCCCUUAGGGUUCUCCUCCGCCUAUGACUUCUCCUCCCUCCGCGACCGUACCAAGGACAUCCUCAGCGUCGCGCUCGCCUUGCUCUUCGGCGUCGGCUGCGGCGCUCUCACCGCCGCCACCAUGUACUUGGUCUGGUCCGUCUUCUCCACCCGCCACGAUUACCGCACCGCCGAUUAUGACGAUUUUUCGGACGACGACGAGAUCGAAAGCGCUAAGAAAUUAGGCUAUGUGAAAAUUCCGGCCGCGGAAGCCGCCGCUCCGGCACCGGCUAAGAGUUCGGUAUGAGGAAAUCUGAAAUUGAGAAUAUAUCUUCGUAGUAUAACCGUGUGUUUGAUGUGGAUUGUUAAUAAUCACAGUUGAAUUGAAUAGAAAAGGUAAAAAAAAAUGCUAAAUGGUGCAAACUUUGGCCUUGUAUCUGUUUGUUUCUACAUUACAUGUUUACUUUUGAAUUUGAUGUAUUUGCGUUAUUUUAGUUUUAAUUGCCAAACCCUGGUUUUCAUGAAGUUGGUUUUCUGUGUUGAUUAUUUCGAUGCUGGAGCCAUGGAUGUGGAACGAAUCGUAAUAUAUAUAGUAGUAUUUAUUUAUUUAA